AUGCCUGCUGCACAGAACGGCGGCCACCACGAGUCGACGCCGCUGCUCCAGCGCCUGGCCAGCGACCACCUUCACCUCCACCACCACCCCAAGGUCUGGUGUGAGGAUGACGACAGAUGGUGGGUUCGCUUCCCGGCGCACGUCGCCUACACGACGUGGAUGACGCUGUCGAGCAACUACGUCAAUGUGCUGCUGGUCUUUGUGCCUCUGGGAAUAAUCGCCGGCGCUCUGAACUGGAGCCCCACGCCCGUCUUUAUCCUGAACUUCAUUGCUAUUAUCCCGCUCGCGGCCCUGCUGAGUUUCGCGACCGAGGAGCUUUCGGCCAAGCUUGGUCAGACCGUCGGUGGUUUGAUGAACGCGACCUUUGGAAAUGCUGUCGAAUUGAUUGUCUCUAUCGUCGCAUUGAGAAAUGGCGAGAUUCGCAUUGUCCAGUCCAGCAUGCUGGGCAGCAUCCUCUCCAACAUUCUGCUCGUUCUUGGCUGCUGCUUCGUUGCCAGCGGUCUCAAGAGAUCCGAGUCGCACUUCAACGAGACCGUCGCUAGCACCAUGUCCUCUCUGAUGGCUGUCUCGUGCGCCUCGCUGAUCAUCCCCGCUACGCUUUACUCGGUUCUGCGCAAGUCGAGCACCGACACCGACGAGCACAUUCUGAUCCUCUCGCAUGGCACGGCCAUCAUCCUGCUGAUCCUCUACAUCAUGUAUCUGUACUUCCAGCUGAAAUCGCACGCCCACCUCUUCGACGAAGUCGAGGCGCAGGAGGGCGAGGCCGAGGAGCAGACCGAGGGGAAGAUUCUGGGCCCCGUGGCCGCGUCGGUCGCGCUCGUCGUCGUGACGGUGCUAGUCGCGGUCUGCGCCGAGUACCUGGUCGGCAGCAUUGACGACAUUGUGCAGACGGCGCACAUCAGCAAGACGUUCAUCGGUCUGGUGCUGCUCCCGAUUGUGGGCAACGCGGCCGAGCACGUGACGGCGGUCAUGGUUGCGUACAAGAACAAGAUGGACCUGGCGAUCAACGUGGCGAUUGGCAGCUCGAUGCAGAUAGCGCUGUUUGUGACGCCGGCGCUGGUGCUGCUGGGCUGGAUGAUGGGCCAGCCCAUGACGCUGCACUUCCAGACGUUCGAGACGGUCGUCUUCUUCCUCAGCGUGCUGGUUGUCAACUACCUGAUCCAGGACGGCAAGAGCAACUACCUCGAGGGCGCCAUGUGUCUGGGCUCGUACAUUAUCAUUGCUCUGGCCUUUUACGUCUACCCUGAUGAUGCGGGCGACGUGGGAUCCCUCGUCAAGGCCCUCUUUACUGGUGGCGCUUAG